AUGACACAGCUUGCUAGGCACCUUAAAGUGUUGAACAAGGUUCAAGAUGAGAUCAGGUGUUGCAUUGGAAAUAAAGGGAAAGUGGAAGAGAGUGACAGAGAAAAUCUUCCUUACUUCAGGGCAGUAGUGAUGGAGUCAUGGAGAUUGCAUCCACCAGUCCCAAUUUUAAUUGCUAUAGAAACAAUGGCUGAUUGCAAGCUAGAAGGGUAUCACAUUCCCAACAAGAUGAGGCUUCUUGUUAACAUUUUUGCAGUGAAUAGGGAUCCAAGGUACUGGAAGAAACCAGAGGAGUUUGAUCCAGAGAAGUUCAUGGAGAACCCACUUGAUGUGAAAGGGCAUAGCUUUGAGUUCUUGCCAUUCGGGUCGGGUAGGACGAUUUGCCCAGGGAUGAAUAUGGGAAUUGCAAAUGUGGAGCUUAGUCUUGCAAAUCUUCUUUACAGCUUUGAUUAG